AUGCAGGCAGCGGGCGCGUAUGGCGCCGGGAAGGCUGGGAGCUUCUCCUUCGAUCCGGUCGCGUUCUUCACGCAUCCCCGGACCAUCCUGAGACUGAUGUCGUGGAUUUUCUCCAUGGUGGUGUUCAGCUGCAUCGUGAACGAGGGCUACAUCAACAUCGGCAGCGAGCGUUUGCUCUGCGUCUUCAACAACAACGCUGAUGCCUGUAACUACGGUGUCACUGUGGGCGUGGCCUGUUUCCUCGGCAGCAUCUGUUUCCUGAUCCUGGACAUUUACUUUCCCUCCAUCAGCAGCAUCAAGGACAGAAGACGUGCUGUCCUGCUGGACCUCGUCUUCUCUGGUCUUGCCAGCUUCCUGUGGUUCGUUGGCUUCUGUUUUCUGGCCAAUCAGUGGCAGGCUACUUCCCCAGAUGAGCUGCCAUUGGCCCAGGGCUCCGACGCCGCCCGAGCCACCAUCGCUUUCUGCUUCUUCUCCAUCCUUACCUGGGCUGUACUGACAUUGAGUGCACUGCGGCGCUUCUUAACUGGCAGCAACACAAACUUGUUCACAUGGCAACACCUGGAUCCUGCCCCCAGCAAUGCUCGAGCCACACCGUACCCCAUCGCCAAUGGAGCAACAAUAGUAACCACCAACCCCUAUCAAGCCCCGCCCUUUACUGAAACCCUGGACCCCCAGAAACUCACACAGCAGAGACCCGUGGCUCCUGCCUUCUAGAGAUAGACAGACAGUAAGAGGAGGUGUGAGUUGAACGAUACUGCAUACGACGCGGGCACGGACAACUUCCUGCCUUCCAGAUUAGCGGCUUUUCAACCUCUCCUGGGAUUGGUGGGAUUUUGGGGUCAUGUGAUGUAUGAUCUAUUUUCACCAUGGCAACUGCUGGCUCAGCUUAGUUAGUUGUAACUCUCCGUACUGUCUUCUGUUCAUGCACACACACUUACACACAUAUAUUGACGCACGCAAUCACAGCUGUAGUCACUCACACCUGGAAACAGAUAUUAUACAUGUACACCUGGAAACACAUGUAUAUACACCUAGAAGCACACACACAUGCACGCACACACACACACACACACACACACACACACACACACACACACACACAUGCCUUGACUGCAUGUUCAUAUGGUGAGGUGCAGAUUAACAAAAUGUAGAUCAGUGAUGAUGCUCCAUCUGCCUUAUAAAUGGAAACAAGGUGAAGGAAAUAUGGAGGUAAUAUGGAGACAGUAAAGCUGUGCAGCGCAGUUUAUCUUCUUCUGAUUGCCUUCAGUCAGUUUGACCAAUCAGAAGCCUCCCUGCAGACUUUUGGCCUCCCAUUGGAUGAAACUGAGACAGAUAGGCAGCUUGACCAAUAGAUUGUGAGGAAGCGAGAAAGGUGGCAGAACUUGCAGAAAUUGGUACGUUUUCCUGGCAAGGAAAUAAAGGCUUAAUGCAUUCUGAAUGCUGUA